AUGCUUAAUUUACUUGAUCUUAUUCUACCAGAAUUAAUAUCAUUUAUUACGAAGUAUCUUCCGAUUCAAGAUCUUAAAAAUUGCUAUAGUCUAGAUAAAAUAUGGAAAACCGAAGCUAUUAGAGAAAUUUGCAAAAGAUUAAUAGUAGACUGCUCAUUCAUUGAUAGUAAAACAACUGUUAAAGCACUUAUUGAUCCCAAAUCCCAGUAUAAUA